AUGGACGAGCCGGCCUCCCACGCCAAACAACCCGCCUGUCUCAACUGUCGCCGCAGUAAAAUCCGCUGCAAUAGGCCCUCCAGCCAUGCCCGCUGCGAGAAAUGUCGCCAGUCGAAUGUUGACUGUGUUGUGCCGAACCACCACUUGGGUCGGCAGAAAGGUGUUAAGAACAAACGAAAAGGCCUGGAAAAGGCAAUCCACCAAAUCGAGCAAGCUAUAAAACGGCCAAAACUCGACUCAUCCGCGAGCUCAGCAGAUGAAGCCCAACGCGCUAUCUCCGGACUCCAGGAGCUACUCUCACGCUUCCAGGGCCAGUUGAGCCACUCACCAGAGCAUGGCGGACUCGGGAUCGGGUCUGGGGCCGGAGCCGGGCCCGGGGGAGGAGAAUCUGAAUCAUUCUCAUCAGAUCCGGAAAGAGAUCGAGAUCACCCGCACAUCUCUCAUUCACCGCGUGAAGCCCCAGAGGAAAAUCUUGCACUGGAUGAUGCGGAGAAUCCACUACAGCUUCUGGCGCGGGCGUCGGAUUUACAGCUCUCGCCUGUCGGGGUGCGGCAUAUGCCCAAGUCGCCACCCUUGAUAUCCGUUGCUCCGUCUUUAUCUUUACCGCAAGGUCUUGCCGUGGAUCCGGGGGAUAGGAGUCGGAGUCAGGAUCGGGGUCGAGACCAAAGCCGGGAUUCUAAUGCGGAGCUUGAUCGGCGCGAACAGAGUGCUAAAUCUUUUUUUGUACCUGCCCGAGCGAAUCUGGAUGUUGGGGAUGAUUUGGAUCCGGUGGAGUUGGGUCUUGUUACAUUUGAUGAGUCGGAGUCGUUAUUUUCUUUGUACGUUUUGUCGCUGGCUUCUCUCCUUGCCUUGAUUUCCCCCGUAAAUACAGCUUUCCCAACUCCCGAUCCAACUAACCUUCACCCAGUUUCUACCAACAUCUCGCACACACAAGAUGGGGUUCAGACCCCCCUCGUCCACACAGCUCACUUCGUCCGCACCCAAUCAUCCUUCUUAUUCACAUCAAUAAUGGCCGGCGCAGCUCUAUUCCUCCCAUCCGCAAGCGCCCUAUCAAAACGCCUAUCCCGCCACGUAAAAUGGCUCGCGAACCGCGUAAUGAUCCACCGACACCGUUCCGUCGAGAUCGUUCUAGCUUUCAUGGUAAACGUACCUUGGAUGGCACCCGGGGACCGCCUCGGCGACGACGAUACGUGCGCGUAUAUUGCGAACGCAUUGACUGUUGCCCUUGAUCUGUCGCUUAAUAAGAUCGUUACGCCUUCGUCGAGUUUUGGGAGGGAUCUUACUUUUCAACUCGCGAGGGCGGAUUGUAUUGAUGCUAAGCGGGCGUUGCUUAUGGAUGGGUUUGAGGAUGUUGAGCCUGGGUCGGAGUGGGGGAGACGGUUGUUGAGGAGGAGGGAGAGGGCUUGGAUUGCGCUUUUUGUUGUUGAGAGGGGUGUCUGUCUUGCUAGGGGGAGAAGUUAUACGGUUCCGCCGACGGCGUUGAUUGAGAAUUGCGAUAUGUGGUAUCGGUCUGAUAUUGCGGAUCGACGGGAUGGUCCGAUGAAUUCUAUGGCUAUAUUACGGCGGGAUCUGGAUGAACUAUUUCGAAAAGUCAAAUCAAGUUGCGACAGCUAUCGCACUGGUGAUACUGGCUCCGAGGCUGCCCACGCAAUAAAAACGACUAUCGAAAAUUUCUACGAACAAUGGUUCACGACUUGGGCCGUAGCGAUCAGCGAAGACGGCGCCCGUUCACUCCCCCCCUACGUCGAAAUCCUAGUAACACACACCCAACUCUCAACCUACGGCGGCGUAAUCAACCACCCAACAGCCCCAACAGCCGUAAAGCGAUUUUUCCGCGCAGCAGGUCUAUCCUCCGCAUUAAAUGUCCUCCGAGCCGCAAUCCAAGGCGAAUCCCGACUAAAAUCAAUGCCAAAUAAUACCGUCAUCAUGAUUUCCUUCGCGGCUUGUUCGGCGCUCAGUCUCAGCGUCACGCCGGGUGAUAGUCAGUCCAGUCUCGCGCCUAGUGUGAGAACACUCAUUGAAGAAACGGCCGGUGUCCUUGAACGUAUUGGCGCGACGCCGAAUCAUAGACAUGGUGCUUCGGUUUUGUAUGGGCGCUUUUUGAGAGAACUUAUAAGGAGGGGUGGUCCUAUGCUUCCUCUUUCGCUUUCGCAGAAUCGUCAUGGUGGAGAGCAUCAACGGGUGGAUUUGAAUGAUUCGAUUUUACAGUCGUCGAAUAGAGGUUUUGAUGGUCAUGCUGGUGCGAAUGCUAAUGCAAGUGCUAAUGCCAAUGUCAAUUCUCAGGGCCGUGGUCAAAGCCAAGGCCCACCAUCAUCCCUCCCAACUAUCCCAUCACACCCAGCACAAUCACAAUCACAAUCACUACCACCAACCGAUCUCUGGACUGAACCCCUUCAGUUCUCUGCAAUGUCAGAUGACCAAAUCAUCGACGCGGUGAAUCGUGCAGGCGGGAGUGCGUUUGGGGCUUCAAUUCCUGAUGUCCCCUUUGAUGAUAUGCUUAGUUGGGAUUGGCCGGAUUUCGCGAAUGCGGAAUUUUCGUUUUAG